AUGUUUUAUUACUAUUUUCGUUUCUUUAAUUUCAUAUGUAGUAUUUUUGGCUUAAGAAAGCCUUUCAUAUUUUCAAAUGUAAAUAACCACACACUCAUAUCAAUAUUAAAUAAAUUUUGGUGUCUUCUUAUAGUUUGUGGCAUUAUUGUAACUCAUUUGAUCGCCAUAAAAUUCGACCUGCGGUUCAACAUCAAACAGAACUUGAGCGAAAUUUCAAAUAUUAAUAAUCUUAUUAUAAACGUGAUCAUUCUACUGAACAAUAUACGAAAAGAGAAUAUAUAUAUUGAAAUAUACCGAACUACAAUAAAGAUGCUUAAUGAUUUAAAAAUAAAUAGAACGUGUGUGAAGAUGAUUUCCACAAAGCUCUACCUGUGGUUUACCAUACAUAGCGUCACGUUUAUUAUUUUUAUGUCUUUAGAAGUGAUUUUCUGUAAUCCACCUUACCUAAUGGUCAUAAGAAUUCCACUGUUCUUAGCUAUUUUUCAUUUAAUAAUACAUUUAUCCUUAAUCGCGACUAUUUUAAACUCUGUGAAUUGUAAUAUUAAAGAAAUUUUGAGAAAUAAUCUUUACGAAAAUUCUGGAUCAAACAUUUAUUUUAAAAAUCGUCAACAAUUCAAAUCAAGAUUAUUUUAUUUAUUAAAACUUAAAAUGUAUUUUAUAGAAAUAGAACCAAACUUACACUUAAAUUUAAAAAUAUUGUGCAAAAUAUACGAUGACUUAUGUACUUGCAUUCGUCUAUUACAGAAGUGUCACGGGAUGGAGGUUUUUCUUACGAUUUGGGUGAUGUUUACAAGCGCGGUUACAACAAUAACCUUGAUUUCUAAUAACGAGACUGAUCACCCUUGGUUAGAAGUGUUGCGAGGCGUUCAAGUAUUUGUUUGGUUUGUUGUAGCAUGUUAUCUAGACGAACAAAUAAAACAAGAAGUUGAAACCGUUGAAUUAUAUUUUAUUAAAUAUUUGAUCGAUUUUAAAUACAAUCAUGUUAAAAGGGAAGUCCUGCAGACGUUUAAAUUAAUUGUUAGCAAUAACCGUCUGCAGUUCAAGGCUUUUAAUCUCUAUCGUCUCAACUUUGCGACAAUACUUGGCACUAUCGUGUCCGUUAUUACUUAUAGCGUCAUAUCUAUGCAAUUCUUCUAA